GCGGUUACUAGCCAUCAACAUUUCCGUGGUAUUGAACAUAGUAAGGUUACCAAUGGUGUACUAUAGGGUCGUGAAUAUCUAAUCUGCACAUGAUAACACACAUAAUUAUAGUUUCCAUAUAGUUUGCUACAAGUCAAUAGCUAUAUGGCCGAGAGACAAGACCGUGAACAAGAGUACAUAUUCAGAAAUGUUCAACUCUUAAAGAAUGAUACCCUUGGUACUGGCUCCUACGGGGCAGUGUGUAAAGCCAAGUGUGACCAGCUACUCUGUGCUGCCAAGCUACUCUAUUCAGUGCUCUUUCAAAUAGCUGUGCCUGACCCUGGCAAAGAACAUAGACAUCCGUUUAGAAGAUUCGAAACAGAGUGUGCAUUUCUGAAACGCAUCAACCAUCCCAACAUUGUACAGUACUUGGGGACCUAUCGCGAUCCCGACACAAAUGCACCAGUUCUUCUCAUGGAGCUCAUGGACGAGAGUCUGACACAUUUCCUGGAGUCAUCACCUGUAGACAUUCUCUACCACAUCCAAGUCAACCUCUCCUAUGACAUAGCUCAAGCACUUGCCUUUCUCCACUCCAAUGGGAUCAUCCAUCGGGACCUCUCCAGCAACAAUGUCUUACUGAUUGCAGGCAGUCGAGCUAAAGUCACCGAUUUCGGAAUGUCUAAAUUCAGGGACAUAAACAUCACCCGACUAGCCACAAUGACCACAUGCCCAGGAACACCAGCCUUCAUGUCUCCCGAGGCACUAACGAACCACCAGUGUACACAGAGAAACUAGACAACUUCUCAUUGGGUGUGCUUUUAGUUUAGACCACAACUCGACAGUUUCCAAAGCCAACAGAUCGAUUUGUAACAAGAGAACUGGUUGAUCCACGAUUUCCGAAACAAGCAAUUCGAGCCAAAGUUCCAGUGCCUGAGAUAGAGAGAAGACAAGCCCACAUCA